CGUCACUUUAACAAACGGAAGCCGGACAUGGACAUUCUGCUUCGCUCUCUGUCACUUCUGGAGAAAUGUGUGCAACAAGAGAGCGCUACUAGUCUCCUGGCGAUAGAGUGAAAGGCAAGCGAAAGUCUCCACUGAUGUUGACUGGAUGUAGAAGCCCUUCUUGUAGAUUGUUGUCACUCACCUAUAGAAGACUUUGUACCAGGAUCUCUCCAUUUUCAUCUCUCCCUCCACCAACUCACAGUCACAGCUUCUUUAGCCAACACACUUCAGUCCCCCCCUUAUCUCCUCACUUCCCUUCCACCCGCUGCCUCUCUCUUUCUGCUCCCUGUCCCGGCCUGAUGGAGCUGAAAGAGGUCCUGCAGGUGUUGGAGCAGCUCGCUCCUCUGUCUCUGGCCGAGUCCUGGGACAAUGUGGGUCUCCUGGUGGAGCCCAGCAAACCCCGGCCUGUUAAAACCAUCCUGCUGACUAACGACCUCACAGAAGCUGUCAUGGAUGAAGCCGAGGCCAUGAGCUGUGACCUCAUCAUCUCAUAUCACCCCCCGUUGUUUCGGCCUUUCAAGCGUCUGGUUCAGAAAGAUUGGAAGCAGCGAUUGACCAUCCGGGCUGUGGAGGCCAGGAUGGCGAUCUUCUCCCCUCACACUUCGUGGGACAGCGUUAAAGGAGGAGUGAACGACUGGCUGGCUGGGGGAUUGGGUAGCGGCCAGGUGUCCGUGCUGAGUCAGGCCCACGCAGCCGCCUCCCACAGCCACAAACUGGAGUUCACAGUCAAGAGCACAGAGGAACUAAACGCUGUGAUGGAGGAACUGAAGGCUUGUGACAGUGACACAACUCUACAGCAUUCAGCCGGCAGACCAGACAACAGCUGGAUCCAUGUGAGUGUGACCUGCAGUGACUCAGCGCUGACCCCUAGUGUCCAGACUCUGUUACGACACAAUGCUACCAGCCUGUCCUUCAGCAUCCUCAAGUUAGAAAAGCCUCCUCUCCCGGGUCACGGCCAAGGACGACUUAGUGUUUUGGACGAGCCGGUGACCGUUUCAACAGCCAUCCAGAAAAUGAAGUCCCACCUGGGUUUGAGUCACCUCCGUUUGGCUCUGGGAUCAGGACAGACACUAGAGUCCUCUGUGGGUACCGUGGCUGUGUGUGCUGGAUCUGGAGCCUCAGUACUGGGCGGAGUCAAGGCAGACCUCUACAUCACAGGUGAGAUGUCCCACCACGAGGUUCUGGACGCCGUGGCGAUGGGGACUAACGUCAUCCUUAGUGACCAUAGCAACAGUGAGCGGGGUUUCCUGGCGGUGUUCAGGGAGAAGCUGGCUGUGCGUCUUCCUGACAGUGUGACUGUGGCGGUGUCCAAGACAGACAGAGACCCUCUGGAGGUGGUCUGACCAACGGGGAGCUACACUUGUUGUCUGUCGGAUACAUGUUCACUGUUUUGAUCGGAUAAAAUAAAAGAUAUUACCAAAUCAC